UUUUCAAAAGUUUUGUAUUAUUCCUUGAUUUACGGUGAUUAAGUGUCUAUAAAGAAGAUAUGCAAUUUUUUAUUUUAUGCCCUAUUUCUGAUGCAAUUUGACAGUGUUUUACUGUAAUUUCUACAAACGUUUUUACAGUGUGGAUGUAUUCUUAGAAGUAGAUACCAGACCCAAAGAUGGCAGCUCCUCCCAGACUGCCUGCUGUCUCCAGCGAUGGGGCGUGUGAAUGAGCCGGACUAUAAGAGGUUUAAGAGACGGACUGAGGACCAGCAUGGAUAGCACUCUCCGGCAUUCUGUCUCUCUUUACUUGUUUCAUUUAAAUAAGACACUGGGAUAAAGGAUGCCAUUAAUCAGCGGCAGUAUGCAGCAGCUCUUACAACCUGAACAACCUUGCACAGAUAGACCAACACCUGAGGAGCCUUAAUAACUCUAUCCAGCACUGUAGACACAUGGAGCAUGCAAGCCAGUCAUAGAGGAUUUCACAGACAUCCCAACCACAAGACUUUCACCUUGAGCCUCAGCUGAUUUCCUUUUUCUCCAGUGUGGUUGUGAACAUUUUACUCCGUCUCAGUUCGAAGACCUCCUACGUCUGACCCCCUUCUGCGCCACAGGACCCUCACAGUGCCCCUCAGAGGGGAAAUGCCAGUCUUGCUUAAUGCCGACGCCUCCUUCAGCUCCAAGCAGGAGCUCCUGGACCUUCAGGACUGCCCUCUCAGCGGGGUCUCCUCUCUGGACACCCCUAGCCCCCCAGACUCCCAGACAGGAAGCCCAAUAGGCCCCUCAGACCCCAGAAAGGCUGGCAAACCCGGAGCUGACGGCCCCAUUCGGCCCCACAUUUUCACAGGGGCUACCACACUCCCGGGGCAGCUCUAUGGGGUGGAAACGAGACCCCUGGGAGAGACUCCCAUGGGGUUACAGCUCAUCUCUACCGACUCGGAUCAGCUCUGUGGCUGGGGGGCUCUGACACCCAAAGCUAUCCAAGUUUUCAACACCCCUCGUUGGGUGCUGUUCUUCCUCUGCGUGGCCUCAUUCCUCCAGGGGAUGAUCAUCAACGGCUUCAUUAACACCGUGGUCACCUCCAUCGAGAGGCGCUUCGACCUGCGCAGCUACCAGGCCGGCCUCAUCGCCAGCUCCUACGACAUCGCCGCCUGCGUCUGCUUGGCUUUUGUCAGUUACUUUGGCGGGACGGGACACAAGCCUCGCUGGCUGGGUUGGGGGGUGUUGAUCAUGGCGCUGGGUUCUCUGGUGUUUGCCCUUCCUCACUUCACCACCCCCCCAUACCAGGUCAGUCUGACCGAGAGGACGGUUCUGUGCUCUGAGAACCUCACCAGCCCGUGUCAGGACAAAGAGGGCGGCGGUUUGUCCAGCUAUCGGUUUGUGUUUAUGCUGGGCCAGUUUCUACACGGUGUGGGUGCGACGCCCCUCUACACAUUAGGAGUCACGUACCUGGACGAGAACGUCAAGUCCAACUACGCACCUGUUUAUAUUGGGAUCUUCUACACAGCAGCCAUUGUGGGUCCAGCAGCAGGAUACCUGCUGGGAGGAAACUUCCUCAACAUUUACACCGAGAUCCACCUGACGACAGCCAUGACUCCAGAGAACCCUCUGUGGGUCGGGGCUUGGUGGAUCGGCUUCCUAGCAGGAGGAGCAGCAGCUCUACUGGUCGCGUUCCCCAUCCUGGGCUACCCACGGCAGCUACCAGGUUCUCAGGCCUACAUGGCCAUGAGGGUUUCUGAGGCCCACCAGCUGAAGGACGGCAGCCACACCACAGCCUCAGACCCUCAGUUCGGAAAAUCAGUCAAAGACAUGCCAAGGUCGGUGCUGCUCCUCUUAAAGAACCCUCCCUUCCUUUUCCUCUGCUUGGCUGGAGCAACGGAGGCAACCCUCAUUGCCGGCAUGUCCACCUUUGGUCCAAAGUUCUUGGAGUCCCAGUUCAGUCUGAGUGCAUCAGAGGCUGCUACGUGGUUCGGGUACAUGGUGGUCCCAGCAGGUGGGGGGGGCACCUUCCUCGGCGGCUACAUCGUGAAGAGAUUAAACCUUCGCUGUCGAGGCAUCAUCCGUUUCUGCAUGAUGUGUGCGAUGGUCAGUCUGCUCGCCAUCUUCAUCUUCCUCAUCCACUGCCCCAACGUGCCCAUGGCUGGUGUCACGGUGUCGUACCAGUCCCACCUGAUGGAGAAACACCAGCUGGACCAGUACAAAGAUCUGUACGACGAGCCCAGCAAGCUGCGUCCACACAACAGCUCCUCUCUGGAGGAGAACCUGACCGUGGGCUGUAACGCCGGCUGUAGUUGUGUCAGAGAGCUUUAUAACCCGGUGUGUGGGGCGGACGGCGUGAUGUAUUACUCCCCCUGCCACGCCGGCUGCAGCUCCAUCAACCACACCGAGCCCUCGGGCAAACAGGUGUACUCUGGAUGUAGCUGUGUGGUGGGUAAUGUGUCCUGGGGCGAGGAGGGUUUCGCGUUAACAGGGAAGUGUAUCAGCUCCUGCCACCACAUGCCAGCCUUCCUCUCCUUCCUCUUCAUCAUCAUCUCCUUCACUUUCCUUUGUAGCAUCCCAGCACUCACCGCCACGCUCAGAUGUGUGCCAGACAGCCAGAGAUCCUUUGGACUCGGUAUCCAGUGGAUUGUGGUGCGCACACUUGGUGGUAUUCCAGGACCCAUAGCAUUUGGCUCUGUCAUUGACAUCUCCUGCCUGCUGUGGCAGGAUAAGUGUGGUGAGCAGGGCUCCUGCUACCUAUAUCACAACUCUGCCAUGAGCCAGUACACCCUAAUAGCUGGUAUCACCUAUAAGGUUUUGGGGACAAUCUUUUUCCUAUUAGCCAGCAUCCUGUACCAGCCUCCUCCUGAGUCACCUCAAAGCAGCUGUGAGAGCACCGACCACGGAGUCGGAGACAUGAGCGACCUGCCUGUCAAAGACCUGCCUGAAGAUGGUGUCAUCAUUAACCUGCACGCCAGGUUAUGACGUAAUAGACUCCCUAACUGCUGAGUCCCUGUCUGACAGUCUGUGUGUGUG